CUUCCAUUUUCACUCAACAAUGGCGUCCUCCACGACGGGAGACGGCGUGAGUGAAACACAAACUGCGAAAAAGGCUAAAAAGACUAAAAAUGAAGGGGAUGAAUCUGAUCUCCUCACUGUUCCCGAUGGAUGGAAAGAGUCGCCCUUCACCAAAGAUGACAACCCCCGGGGUCUCCUGGAGGAGAGCAGCUUCGCCACCCUCUUCCCCAAAUACAGAGAAGCCUACCUGAGAGAGUGCUGGCCUCUCGUGGAGAAGGCUUUAGGAGAGAUUCACAUAAAAGUGUCUCUGGACCUGAUUGAAGGCAGCAUGACCGUUAACACCACCAAGAAAACGUUUGACCCGUACGCCAUCUUAAGAGCCAGAGACCUCAUCAAGCUGCUGGCCAGGAGUGUCCCGUUUGAACAGGCCGUUCGGAUAUUACAGGAUGACGGGGCCUGUGACAUCAUCAAAAUCGGAACCCUGGUUAGGAACAGAGAGCGGUUUGUGAAGCGAAGACAGCGGCUUAUUGGUCCCAAAGGUUCCACCUUAAAAGCAUUAGAGCUGUUAACCAACUGCUAUGUGAUGGUGCAGGGCAACACGGUGUCGGCCCUGGGGCCUUACAACGGCCUGAAGGAGGUUCGCAAAGUUGUGUUGGACACGAUGAAGAACAUCCACCCCAUCUACAACAUCAAGACGCUCAUGAUCAAGCGGGAGCUGUCCAAAGACCCUGACCUGCGGGUCCAGAGCUGGGAACGCUUUCUGCCCACGUUCCGCCACAAGCACCUGUCCAAGCGCAAGCAGCCCAAGAAGAAGAGCGUGAAGAAGGAGUACACUCCGUUCCCUCCAGCACAGCCAGACAGCAAGGUUGACAAAGAGCUGGCCACCGGAGAAUUCUUCUUGCGUGAGAGCGUGAAAAAGAGGAAGAAGAUGGAGGAAAUUAAGGUCAAACAAGCUGAGGCGCUGACCAAGAAGCAGGAAGAACGGAACAAAGCUUUCAUUCCUCCGAAAGAGAAGCCUUUAAUGAAGAAGACCGCUAAAGCUCCUACAGACGGAAAGCUGGACAUCAAUGCCAUCAAGGAGAAAGUACGAAAGGCCAAAACCAAGAAGCUGGGAGCUCCGCCGGUGAGCCCAGCUCCCCCUCCCACAGACAAGAAAAAGAAGAAGAGCAAAUCGAAAAGCAAAAGCUAAUCCCAGGCCGACCACUCCACUGUCGUUACACAUGUGAUGUGAUACGCGUUGGACGGAGUAAGGACUCACAGAGAGGACGGAGCGUCAGACAAGCUGUGGGUGCUUCCAUCUAAACACACAAACUGUCACAGAUGUUAUUUUGAACAAUGUUUGUUGUGAUGAAUUUCUUUUUUAUUCCUGUAUAUUCUCUCUCUGAAGACCAAGUGUUUGAUACUCCUGUCUCCCUCACCUGUUGUUUUCUAUUGAUCACAAUUGCCCGGAGUUUGUCAGGUCAGAUCAAUAUUUAAAUAUGGAAAAAUAUAUUUUCUUCUUUAAUAAAGACUGGUGUGUGUACAGGAGUUGGAAUCAGACAAACAAAACUUGCCUCUUAUUUUUAUGCCUCCGGGCUGCAGACAGCCAGUGGCCAGAGACAAGAGAGACAUCCUAGUGAAGAUAAUAUCACAGUGAUGACUUGAGGUAAUUUCCUCAAAUGUGGUCCAUAUGUUCAAUUGGACUAAAGGAUGACCUGAUACGAUUUUGGUGGUCAAAGGUCAACGUCUCGAUGUUCUUGUGAGCGUGAUAAAUCAGUAACAGACAUUGGAGAAUUGUAUCACAUCUGGCACCAACAUUCUUAUAUGAAUCUGGAAAUAAAUGAUGUGGGAAACUGAA